AAUUUUAAAUUUUAAAUAAAAAAGAAAGUAAUGGUCGAAGACGCCGACGGGCCACCCAAAACCGAACUCAUCCUUCUGGUCGACUUUUCUUCUUCUUCUGCUGCUCUCUCUCAGAAUCUCUCUCUCUCUCUCUCUCUCAUCAACUGGUUCUCAGAUUGAGUUUUUUGGGUUCCGUUGAAGAUUGGAUUUUCGGUAGAUAAAGGAGAGGGAGAAUGUCGGGAGGUACACAGAAGAGCAUCAGGAAAGCUCUUGGAGCCCUCAAGGACACCACCACAGUUUCAUUGGCUAAAGUCAAUAGUGAUUACAAGGAGUUGGACAUUGCGAUAGUCAAGGCUACGAAUCACGUUGAGCGUCCAGCUAAGGAAAAAUACAUUAGAGCCAUUUUUGCUGCUGUUUCUGCUACAAGACCUCGUGCUGAUGUCGCAUACUGCAUCCACGCUCUUGCAAGGAGAUUAGCAAAGACACAUAACUGGGCGGUUGCAUUGAAAACUUUAGUUGUUAUUCAUCGUGCUUUGAGGGAAGUGGACCCUACAUUUCACGAAGAACUCAUGAAUUAUGGUAGAAGUCGAAGCCAUAUGCUUAACUUAGCUCAUUUCAAAGACGAUUCCAGUCCAAAUGCAUGGGAUUAUUCUACCUGGAUCCGUACUUAUGCCUUGUUCUUGGAGGAGAGACUGGAAUGCUUUCGUGUGUUGAAAUAUGACGUUGAGAUGGAUCGCCCAAGGACCAAGGAUCUGGAUACUGCCGAAUUGCUUGAGCAUUUGCCUGCCCUGCAACAGCUUCUCUUUCGUGUACUUGGUUGCCAGCCGCAAGGGGCAGCAGUCCAUAAUUUUGUGGUUCAGUUAGCACUUUCAAUGGUUGCUUCUGAAAGCAUCAAGAUUUAUCAAGCUAUAAGUGAUGGAACAGUCAAUUUGGUUGACAAGUUCUUUGAGAUGCAACGCCAUGACGCUAUGAGGGCCCUGGAUAUAUAUCGGAGGGCAGGGCAGCAGGCAGAGAGACUGUCAGAGUUUUAUGAAGUAUGUAAAAGUCUUGAUAUUGGGCGCGGAGAAAGGUUUAUUAAGAUUGAGCAGCCUCCUGCAUCGUUUUUACAAGCCAUGGAAGAGUACGUGAAAGAAGCUCCCCGGGUCUCAACAGUUCGCAAGGAUCAGGUGGUUGCCCCCAAAGAAAUCUUGGCUAUAGAGUACAAAAAGGCCCCAGAGGAGGAGGUGCGUCCACCUUCACCACCUCUACCUGAACCAGUGAAAGUUGAACCGGUGAAAGUGGAAGCGCCUGUAGCUGAACCGCCUGAUUUGCUGGGUUUGAAUGAUCCUGUUCCAAAUACUAAGGAGUUAGAUGACAAGAAUGCACUGGCCUUAGCGAUUGUUCCAGUUUCGGAUCAACCAACUUCCACGGCUCCAACUCUAGCAAAUGGAGCUACAGGUUGGGAAUUGGCACUUGUUACAGCACCGAGCUCAAAUGAGAGUGCCGUGGCUUCUAGCAAACUGGCGGGAGGGUUAGACUUGCUUACACUAGACAGCCUAUAUGAUGAUGCAAUCAGACGAAGCAAUCAGAAUGUGAGCCACAACCCAUGGGAGCCUGCUCCAAUGACUGGUGCCAUGAUGCAACAACCAGUUCAUGACCCCUUUUAUGCAUCCAACAGAAUGGCUGCACCGCAUUCUGUGCAGAUGGCAGCAAUGGCAAACCAGCAGCAGGCCUUCAUGUUGCAGCAACAGCAGCAGCAGCAGAUGAUGAUGAUGGGCCAACAACAGCAGAUGUCUUCGAAUCCUUUCGGAACUCCUCACGGAGCCCCCACCCACCCCUAUGGCCCUGGCGUCCCUGUCCAAGCAUACAACCCAUAUACAGGCCUUUUAUAAACGAACCAUACAAGCAACAGAUUUUUAUCAAGAAUUACAGCCGGAGAAAGAAAGGGACAUGAACAAAUAGUGAGUUUUAGAUGUCUGAGGCAGCCGAUCUUCUGAGGGAGAGACGUUUACCAUGUGUUUUGUAUGUGAGGUAGUUGUUAGCUAGGAUUAAGAUUCUUUGCUAAAUAAACAGUCAGAGGGAGGAGUUUGAGCUACUUGGCGAUUCGCGUUGAAGGUCGAAAAUAAUGUUAUUCAGAUGGAGUGCAGUAAAUUCUUUUGACAUGCUCAGUUGUUGCUGACAAACUCAGGCAGGAGAUGCUUGUGUUUCUGUUUUUCCUGUUCUUUUCCUCCCUCUGUAAAGUGAUAGAAAAUAAUUAUUUGUAAAAUUUGUGAUUGUUGAUAAAUAUGUAACAAGGAUAUACAUGAAAUUUGAUUUGUGUGUAUAACUUGGCUAUUUUUAUUAAUUAUUAUUCAUUUGGACAACAUUUUUA